AUGAUGGUGAAUGAGAAUACUGCGCGCCUCAGCACCGCUUUCACUGUCUCCGUGGAUGUAUUGGACGGCGCGACGACCGGCAUAUCGGCGCAUGACCGCGCCGCGACGAUCAAGGCGCUGAUCGAUCCUAGAACCAGGCCGGAAGACCUGGCGCGGCCCGGGCACAUAUUCCCGCUGCGUUACAUGGAGGGCGGCGUGCUGAAGCGCACGGGGCAGACGGAGGCGGUGGUAGAUCUGGCGCGACUUGCGGGCUUGCAGCCUGCGGGCGUCAUCUGCGAGAUUAUGGCGGACGAUGGCUCCAUGGCGCGCAUGCCACAACUGGAAAAGUUCGCCGGAAGGCACGACCUGAAGAUAGUGAGCGUCGCGGAUAUCAUCGCGUAUCGCCGCGAGCAUGAGCGGCUCAUCGAGCGAGUAGCUGAGGCGCGAGUGCCCACGCCAUACGGCGAAUUCACCGCCGUGUCAUACAGAAGCCUUGUUGAUAGGGACGAGCAUGUUGCGCUUGUAAAGGGAAGCAUCAAUGCGGACGAGGCGACUCUUGUGCGCGUCCAUAGCGAAUGCCUGACUGGUGAUGUGUUCGACAGCAUGCGCUGCGACUGUGGCGACCAGAGAGAUCUCGCCCUGAAGGCAAUCGGCGAAGAGGAGUCGGGCGUCUUCCUGUACAUGCGGCAAGAAGGACGCGGCAUCGGCAUUCACAACAAGCUCAAGGCCUAUGCGCUUCAAGACGAGGGCUUGGACACGGUUGACGCCAAUAUCAAGCUGGGGUUCGACCCGGACCCGCGGCAGUACGGCGUGGGCGCGCAGAUUCUGGUUGACCUUGGCGUGCGUAAGAUGCGCUUCCUGACGAAUAACCCGAAGAAGCGCGUGGGCAUCGAGAGCUUCGGGCUGGAGCUUGUGGAAGAGGUGCCGCUCGUCGCGCCGGUUAACGAUGAGAACCGUCGCUAUCUGGAGACGAAGGUGCAGCGAAUGGGGCAUACAAUGGACAUUGACCUUAUGGACAUUGACCUUGCGGCAGGUGACGACCAAUGA